GGCCGCCCCUCUCCGCGCGGUCUGGAAAUGCACUUCCGGUCGGUGAGACGUGGCUGACGGUGGAAAAUCCUCCAGGAGGGAAAUCGGGAGACCGUCUGCUGCAGUACUCCUGCUCUUAGACAGAAGCGCCUGGAUGGCAGGGUCAAGCCGGAGUGAAAACUGUAGGAAUUUCAGCCGGCACCCUACAUGUUUCUUCCGAGUACUUUGCGGAGCUCUGGGCUAAUGAGCGCAGGACCCGAGAAGCCCUUUUGGGCGUUUGCUGUGCUGCUCCUUGGCGCCGCCCUGCUGGCGUCAUCCCUUGGUGGGAAGAUGAUGGCCCAGACUGCUGUGUCCCAAGCAAAGACUGCACCUGCAGGACCAGGACCAUGGUGCAUUAAGGACCUUCUAGACCUGCAUUACCUGGAUGAGCUGUUCUCCUUAGAGAACCUAGAUGUUUGGUUCUGUUCCCUUGUGGGAUCGAUCGCCGUCGGACUGAGUGGCAUCUUUCCACUCUUAGUCAUACCCAUUGAAGCUGGAACAACAUUGAAAACUGAGGCUGGGUGUCAGAAGCUGAAGAAGCUGCUGAGUUUUGCCAUUGGUGGUCUCUUAGGCGACGUGUUUCUCCACCUCCUUCCUGAAGCCUGGGCUUACACUUCCAGUCCUGAUGGGUCCCACAGGCACUAUCAUACGCAGGGUUUGUGGGUGAUAGGAGGUCUGCUGUCCUUUCUGAUUUUGGAAAAGGUGUUCCCAGAUGAAGACAGUGAUCCAGAGAGCAAAGCUGUCUGCCAAAGAUCCAAACCGCCUUCAACAGAUCUGAGCAGCGAGGUCUCCGUGUCCCCACAAACAAAUGGCAUCUGCUCAAACAACAACUCCGACUCCAAGCCAAAGACUGACAUCAGCCUUUACACAGAGCCAAAGAAAAUAAAGACAAGUGGUUAUCUAAACCUUCUUGCUAACUGCAUUGAUAACUUCACUCAUGGGCUGGCAGUGGCAGGAAGCUUUUUAGUAAGCCGAAAGGUUGGUUUCUUAACAACAUUCGCUAUUCUUCUUCAUGAGAUCCCUCACGAGGUGGGAGAUUUUGCCAUUCUGCUGCGAGCAGGAUUUGAUCGCUGGAAAGCUGCCCGCAUGCAGCUCUCCACAGCGUUAGGAGGAGUCCUCGGGGCAUGUUUUGCUCUUUGCUCCCAAUCACAGCACGGAGCAGAGAAUUCCACCGCCUGGAUCCUGCCCUUCACCUCAGGUGGCUUCAUCUACAUUGCUAUGGUCAAUGUGGUACCUGAUCUGCUACAGGAGACCAACCCUAGGAACUCCUUUCUUCAGGUUCUGCUGUUGUUUUGCGGGAUAGCAGUCAUGGCUCUUCUCUCAGUCAUCAUUGACUAGCUACAGAUGAGCACUGCUUUUAUCAAGGGACAUUUAGAGUGCUACCUAGCAUGUUGGAAGACUUGCGGACAAUUCACUCCACUGGUUACGCUUUAAAUAAAUGAGACAUUUUUGACACCCCCAAAGACCAUGUGAGGAAAGACCUAAGAAAGAAACGGCCUUGACAAUCAGAUGUUUAAAUCUAUCUCCAUAUGAUUUUAGCCUUAUCCUUCAUAUACCUCUGUGUCCAGAUUGAAUUUAGACUGAGCUCAUGAUGCUUGACAGACAUCAGCUGAACCUUUUUUUGUGCAAAUGAUGCUCAAAAACGGUUGUUUUGGUUUAAAUAUGGCAUGACAUUUUUAUUCUCGUUUCUGUGGGAACAUUCAGUGUCACAUACAUUGCACAUGCAGGUUUUACAAGUCAACACUUUUUUUUUUUAAUUUCCUUUAUUAAGAGACAGGCACAUAUACUUACAUAAUCAUUUUUUUGGUGAUCAUAAUUGUGUUUCUAUAAAAACUUCACUUUUGAGUCAUUCUGUUUGAUCUACACAAGCUUAUUUCAUACUUAAUUUUGCUCACAUUAAAACAUUCUCACUUUGCAUGCACAUAUUCAUAAUUGCACAUACAUCAGAACACACUCCUUUUUAUCAAACUUAUCAUACUUAACAGGCCUUAUUUUCAUGUAGUAUUCCUCAGUCUUUUUUUUUAUAAAUGGUGCUGCCUUUGUCUUUUCUUACAGUAUUUAGUCUUGUGUCCUGAUAGCCACUACACUGCUGCAUUUUAGCUUUAAUUUACUGAUUUUCUGUACAGUUCAUUGUGGUCCUGGCAUUGCAGUACACAGUUUUGAGUGAUUUAGGCUUAGGUUUUUUGAUGGAUUCCUAAGCAGAGAGUUCUUAACCGACUUGGUGCCAUUUCAGACAUUUCAAUCACGUAUUAAAAAGAUAAAAUAGUUGAUGGAUGGAUCGUCUGUUGAAGAAUUUUGCAUAUGGAAUGUUACUGAGAAGAAUGUUUUGAAUGUUUUAGGUGGCUGGUCAGAACAGUCUUUGCCAGAAUGUAAAUAUUUGAAAAGAGAUUAUAUAUAUUUAUUCUGUUAACAAUGUCAUGCUGAAAGAAAAGGAAAAAAAAACUUUUAGGUCCUCCCAAUGUUAUAUUUGAAAUAAAAUUUGAUUUAAAACUGUCGGUAUGUCUGAUUUGUAUGCGUUCAGCUUUUACUGCAGGAGUAACACUGCUCCAAACAUCGCAUUCCUUGUAGAAAUGUAUUAAUACAGCUGACAGUUUUUCUGAUAUGAAUCAUUUGGUAAACUUUCUUUUCUUUACUCUACUGUUGAAAAGCUGAUAGUACAUCCAAAAAUUUCAAUCUGUAAUUAACAACCAUUUACUAACAUUUUGAAGAAUGUUGGUAACCAAGAAGUUGACAGUAGCCACUGUACUUUUUCUGUACUAUGGAAGUCAAUGGCUACCUUCAGCAUUUUUCUAAAUAUCUUUUGUACUGAACAGUUGAACAAAAUUCAUACUUGGUUGGAACAACUUGAGGGUCAAUAACAGUUUUAUUUUCUGAGUUGAACUCUCCAUUUAAAGCGCUUCACCUGCAAAAGCUGGUCCCCAUAGACUUUCAUAGUACGAGAGGAAAACACUACAAGUCAUUGGAGACCAAGUAAGGGUAAACUUUCCCUUUAAGGGACGAAAACAGAUUUACCUUGUUUUACCUUUUUUCUUCUGUGUAUUGAGGGCCAUAUUCUAAUCAACAUUUAACCAUUAACACGUUUUUGGGGUUUUUUUUCUUAUCAGGUUUACUAAAUUGUUAACAUAACAGAAUGAUGAUAUUUCAUUUUUAUUUUUUUUUUU